AUGAACGAAUUACCACCAGUUGUUUCUUUAAACUCUAAUACUAUAUCUGAUAAUGAUAUUAACCUCUUUCACGAAAGUAAAGAAUAUUUUAGUAUAGGUACAUUAGACAGAGACUUGCAUGGGUAUUCUGUCGAGGAUGCGCAGUAUGAUGUAAAACGUACUAUUCAAUCUUUUUAUUACACCCAAUAUUGUAAGACUAUCCUUUUUAUUACUGGAAGAGGAAAACAUGUUAAUACAAAGGGUGAACGUGGUACUCUAUUCAAGCUGUUCCCACAAUGGCUGAGAGACGAAAAUGUUUCUGACAUGAUAGAGGAAUGCGAACCCCAAAUAGGCGCAUAUAAAGUCACUUUAAAGAAAAUAACUAUGGAAUAUGUACUCGCCAUGAAGUUUGAACGUCUUUACUUAUUAGCAGAAAUAGGUUUGCCCAAUUAUCAAUUUUAUCUUGGUGUAAAAUAUCAUACUGGUAAUGGAAUUAAAAAAGACGACGAAGAAGCAGCAAAAUGGUUUCGAAAAGCAGCCGAACAAGAUUUGUCCCCUGCACAACUUAUGCUAGGUUUUUUGUAUAUGAUGGAUAUGGGUGUGCAACGUGAUGUUCAGCAAGGAUUACAUUGGUAUCAUUUGGCUGCAAGACAAAAUAAUUCAACUGCUAUGAAAAAUAUUGCGUAUCAUCUUUUAACCGAAAAGGAUUACAAAAAUGCAAAAGAAUGGUUUUGUAAGGCAUAUGAAGCUGGUAAUGCUGAAUCCGCAAAUCAAAUUGGCAUCAUGUAUAGUUUUGGAAUAGGAACCUUACGUGAUCCUCAAAAAGCUGAAGAGUGGUACCGAAAAGCUGCUGAAGCUGGUGACAAUCAUGGAAAAGUAAAUCUAGGAACUCAAUUAUUAGAAAAUAAUUACAGAGAAGGAAUCAGAUGGAUUAUAGAAGCAGCUAUAGAAGGAUUAGCUGACGCACAAUUGCAUUUAGGAGAAGCCUAUUUAUCACAAGACGCUGUUUAUGAAGGAAAAAAAUGGCUUUUAAAAUCAGCUCUGCAAAAUGCGGGUAAACCUAGUGGACAUGCACAAUUUAUCCUAGGAAUUUUUACAGACGAUUCCAAACAAAAAUUAGAAUGGUAUCAGAAGGCUGCCGAUAACGAUGUAAAAUUGGCACAAAAAGAGCUUGCGAAAAUGUAUCGUGGUGGAUAUUAUGGUCUUAAGAAGGAUAAAGCUAAAGCGAUUAAGCUGUAUAACGCAGCUGCCAAACCCACAGUGCAUUAUGGUUAUGAUGAAAAAGGAAAUCAAUAUGCACAGUAUAGUUUAGGAGAAUGCUAUGAGUUAGGAUUGUUGAAAGUAAAGAAAAAUCCCAAAACAGCACUUAAAUGGUAUAAAGAAGCUGCAAAACAAGGAUAUAUGCUAGCACUUGCAAGAUUAGGAAUCAUACAAGAAAACGAUUUAACUUUGACGGAAAUUCAGGAAAGGCUAAAAGGAAUACGUAAACUUCCGACGUCAAAAGAAUUGGAAAAUGUAGACAUAUUAAUAUUUUUAGGUGUUUACAGUCAUUCAACUAAAUAUUACACUUUAAAAAGAAAAACCGAUAAAUUAAAUAAUGAUGAUGAAAUUUAUGGACAUGUGUUUUUUAAAUGCAUAAUGAGCGUAUUGUUGCAUUCAGAAACAGUUGAAACGUCGACUUUAAAUUAUCAAUUAAAUAAUAUUUGUAGAUAUUGUGGAUCUUGUUUAAUUUGUGGAUCUAAUCAACGCGCCACAAUGUCCACAAAGUCGCAACCAGUAAAGUCGCAGCUAGUAAUGUCGCAACCAGUAAAGUCGCAACCAGUAGUGUCGCAGCUAGUAAUGUCGCAAUCAGUUGAAACAUCGACCUUCUUCUCAAGGACGGGUUACUUGGAUACCGAUGCGAUGGGAAUUAAAGUUCCAGUUUGA